UAGGGCAGGGCUUGAAACUACCACUCGCCUGCUCGCCAAUGGCGAGUUGAAAUUAUGGUGGGGGGCGAGUGUGUGUCCCAGGGCCGUCUUGCUGAGCAGGCUCAGAGCUCAGGCCGGAUCUGUCAUUGGCACUGGGAGCCGUCAGACUGCUUAAUAGCUGAGCACAGUGAAAGCAAAGCAAGGAGUGUGUGCUGUGCUCUCUGCCUCCCCCUAGAGUGCAGUACCCGGAUCUGUGAGUGAACAACAAAGUACUGCAACUUUUUAUGGUGUGGGGGGGGGGGGGGGUGUACGUGUACAUAUGUGUGUGUGUUGUGUGUGUGUCUGUGUAUGCAUGUACAAUUGUACAUGUGUCUGUGUGUAUCUGUACAUGUGUCUGUGUGCAUGUACGUUUGUGUGUAUGUAUGUACAUGUGUCUGUGCGUCUGUAUUUCUGUGUAUGUACAUGUAUCUGUGUGUGCGUGUGUGUGUGUGUGUGUGUACAGGUGUCUGUCUGUGUGUGUUUGUUGG